UUUAUCAUUGUUCAUAUCAACGACCGCCUGGGCACCAAAUCAGCCAUUCCAUGCUUGCCUUCGGACACGGUCGGGCAGUUCAAGCUCAUGAUUGCGGCGCGCAUUGGACGAGAGGCGGGACAGAUUAUGCUGAGACGGCAGGGCGAACGGCCUUUCAAGGAUCACAUCACGUUGGAGGACUAUGGCAUUUCGAAUGGAGUUCAGCUGGAUCUCGAGGUUGACACUGGCGAUUGA